AUGGGCUCCUCGACUGCAAAUGGCAGUCCCGGGGACCAUGUCUCCUUCGAGCCGAUUGCCAUUGUAGGGAUGGCCUGUCGUCUUCCCGGAUCUAUUACGUCCCCUUCCAGACUCUGGGACGCCCUGGUCAACAAAACAUCCGUCCGGACACCAACUGUGCCCGAAAGUCGGUUCAAGAUCGAUGCGUUUUACCACAAAAACCUGAACAGACCCGGUAGUCUCAAUGUUCGUGGCGGUUACUUCCUUGACGGCAGUCCUCAUGACUUCGAUCCUAGCUUUUUCGGUAUGACGCCGGUUGAGGCCAUGUGGUUGGAUCCACAGCAACGGCGCAUACUCGAAGUUACAUAUGAAUGUCUCGAAAACGCCGGCCUGAGAUUGGAAGAUGUUGCCGGGAAAGAUAUUGGGGUGUUUGUGGGCUGCUUCACAUCAGAUUACCAACAAAUGCUCCAUCGCGAACCGGACUUUCGCCAUGAGUAUGCAGCGACAGGAACUGAUCCUGGUCUUCUUAGCGCGAGAGUGUGUAACAUCUUCGAUCUGCGUGGGCCAAGCGCCGUGAUCAAUAGCGCUUGUUCUUCGUCUAUGACUGCUAUCCACCAGGCAUGCCUGGCUCUUCAGACAGGCGAAUGCGACGCCGCAAUUGCGGGAGGUGUGAAUCUAAUCAUUUCAGUAGAUCAACACAUGAAUACCGCUAAGCUGGGAAUCCUAUCACCAACGUCCACCUGUCACACAUUUGAUGCUGCAGCAGACGGAUAUGGCCGUGCCGAAGGAGCAGGCGCCAUCUAUCUACGCAGGCUCAGUGAUGCGGUUCGCGAUGGUACUCCGAUUCGUGCUGUUAUUCGUGGCUCAGCGCUAAAUACAAACGGCGAAGUGACGAACCAAGGGAUUACCCAUCCAAGCCUAGAGGGACAGGAAAGAGUCCUUCGUGCUGCUUACAAAAGGGCCGGCUUAGAUCCAACGGACACAGUUUAUGUUGAAUGCCAUGGGACUGGCACACCAGUUGGCGAUCCCAUAGAAGUCAAAGCUAUUUCGAACGGAAUGAACGAAAGACGGAGUCGCGAGCAGCCUCUGCUGCUGGGAGCUAUAAAAGCGAAUAUUGGCCAUAGUGAAGCUGCCAGUGGUAUAUUUGCUGUGAUCAAGGCGGCUCUGAUGGUAGAAUCCGGUGUCAUCCCUGGAGUAGCGGGGCUCAAGACACUCAAUCCGGCUCGUUCGUACACCAUACCUUUACAAAUGAUCAAGGAGGAAGAAUGGAAUGUUAAAGUAAAUGUGGAUACGAUAUUGUGGCCGAAGAGCCCCCUUACCCGGCGGGUUGGGGUAUCGUCCUUCGGAUAUGGUGGCACCAACGGCCAUCUGAUACUGGAGGCAGCGCAGUCCGACCAUGGACAGACAAGAGUACAAACAGGGCAUGAGAGCUCAAGCCCUAGCAGGGCUUUGGUAUGUUUCACAGCACACGAUCGAGCUACACUGGAGAAGAAUAUCGAGGCACACGCUUGUGUUGUCGACAAUCAUCACCUCCAAGAUGUGGCCUACACACUCAAUUGCCGUCGAACACACUUUACCCAUAGAGCCUUCACCAUUGCUCGUGAAAAUAAAGAAACACCGAGCUUCAGCGAGCAAAGCAUGGAAUUUGGAGUGGCAGAAUCUUCUGGUCCGGUUGCCUUCGUCUUCACGGGACAGGGUGCCCAGUGGGUUGGCAUGGGAAGAGACGCUAUGCACACUCUAUCCAUGUUCAAGAUAACUAUCAGAUCCCUGGAUCAGUAUCUACGAACAUUAAAGCCGCCGGUAAGAUGGACCAUUGAGGAGGCCUUAGUCGGAAACAUCGACUCAGAACACAUUGCCGAGCCGGAUAUUGCACAGCCAUUGUGUACAGCAUUCCAGAUUGCCAUAGUUGAUCAGCUAAGGAAGUGGGGAAUCACUCCAUCUGCUGUUGUGGGGCAUUCCUCUGGGGAGAUUGCUGCAGCAUAUGCAGCAGGUAUGCUAUCAGCCCAGGAAGCUUUUGCGACCUCUUUUUAUCGCGGCCAAGCAGUUGCACAAGAAGGCCCUGCAGGCUCGAUGCUUGCUGUCGGAGUCGGCAUGGACAGGAUCGAGCCUUACAUUCGUGAUACAGACGUUGUUAUCGCAUGCGAGAACUCCCCCGAGAGCGUGACGCUCAGCGGCUCGGAGAGUUCAACUGAGAAACUUAGAUUGCAGCUUGAGGCCUCUGAGGUUUUUGUGAGGGUGCUAAAAACAGGAAGGCCCUACCACUCGCCUGCAAUGAAAGCCAUUGCUCCUCUUUAUGAGCAACUCCUUCGAGAGGCAGAUUCCGAAGCUGGAUCGUCAGCUCCCUCAGAGCGGCUCUCCCGCGUCCCAAUGAUAUCUUCUGUUACGGGGAGACAGGUUUACGAGAAUGAUAUUAACUCCAGGUAUUGGGUGAAAAAUCUCAUCAAUAGGGUCCGCUUUCAUGCAGCCAUAACCGAGCUCAAGAGUAUAGAAGAACUGAAGCAGUUGAGUCACUUUGUCGAGAUUGGACCUCAUUCGGCACUUUCUGGACCACUGAAACAAAUAAUAUCGGCUAAUAGCCUGACGCAAAGAAUCAAAUACAUUCCGACUAUUAUCAGAGGAUCUGACUCUUGCAAUGACUUGCUGCGAGUCGCCGGCCGUUUGUUCCUCUCCGGCUACAGUGUUCGCUGGCAUGGUAUUAUGCACGACUUGUGCAAGAAGCCAGGUCCACGACUACUAGUUGACCUGCCCUCUUACCAAUGGAACUAUACGAAGGAGUACUGGCGAGAGACACGACUAAGCCAGGAGCAGCGCCAACAAUCAGAACCUCGGCAUGACCUGUUAGGCAGACGAGUUGCAGGGCUUUCAAACACGAUCUAUGUCUGGAAGAAUAUUUUACGGCUCCGAGAUGUGCCGUGGCUGAGAGACCAUCGCGUUGGAAGCGAGGUUUUGUUGCCCGGUGCAGCGUACAUUGCUAUAGCAAUCGAAGCCUUAAGGCAGAUCAGUGAUACACUGUUCAGUCCGAGCAAUGGCACGUGCUUGAAGAACAUUGAAUUCCAGCAAGGGCUUGUGAUACCAGAUACCGACAAUGGAAUUGAAGUGGUGACCCGAUUGUCGCGCCAAAGUAAUAAGGGAUCCGACUGGUUUACAUUCACUGUCGAAUCUCUUCUGGACAAUAACUGGACCACCCAUUGCAGUGGCCAUAUAACGCCUCGCAAGACAAAGCUCAAUGUAUCCAGACAGUGCCAUCAACAGGUGAUUAAGAAACUUCAUCAACGUACUCACCCCGACAGAUGGUAUAAGACAUUCGAUCGGGUUGGAGUCUUUUAUGGACACGCUUUUCAGCGCUUAGGAGAGGUCAGUUCCAAUGGCCGGGAUUAUACAGCAGCAAGUACCAUCGGUUUGGAUCAAGAGAGCGGAUCAAUCGACGGCGAAUCAAGAUAUGUUCUGCAUCCAGGGACUAUUGAUGCCUGUUUCCAGCUGGCCAUUAUCUCCUUCGAGAAGGGACGAUAUAAUGUCAUGCCGUACAGCACAAUCCCGAUGCGGGUCGAAGAGAUAACCAUUGCCUCUCCAGAAGAGGCUGAAGGAAAUGGAUUUGCGUGGACGGACGAGUGCCAGAGCCCCCUUCUCCGGUCACACAUACAACUGGUUAGCUCGAACGGGCUCCCGAAUUUGGAAUGUAAGGGGGUUUGGUUCAAAGAGCACGAGAUGAGCUGGUCGGCUCGCUCGACGGCGGUCAUUCCGGACCAGAAGUACAUGCAAUACCGGUGGCAACCUGACAUUGACUAUGCAUCUAAGUCUCUGGGAAAAUUGCCCUACAAGUCGCUCGGAGAGGCUGUCGUCGAAUUAAUUGGCCUGGUUAACCACAAGCGGCCCAUACAAAGAGCGUUCGUCUCUGCAGGAGACGAUUAUAGUUUGAUAGAGGCCGUGGCGCGCCAUGUUCCCGUUAUUGCGAACUUAACGAUUGCUGAGAUGUCCGACGGGGAUGUGAAAAAGAAAGUAGUGUUCACUCUACCAGAGAAUAUAUCGGUAAUCCAGCUCUCACCAAACCUAUCCCAGCUAUCUUCAACUCUGGAGGGCGAACAUGACCUUGUCGUUUUCAAGGGUCAGCCAAAUUCGGACGUUAUCCAAGAACUACAGUCUAUCCUGACGCCCACCGGUAGAAUGCUCCUAAUGCAGGACGAAAACACAUCGAGAAUUAGCAGCUGUCUGGACUGUCCUCCCAUGAUCUCCAGGCCAGCUUUAGGGCUAUCUGUCUCACAGACUAGUCUGCUACUCUCCCAGGAGUUAGAACAUUGUAUUAAUCGAGAAACAGAGCCGACAGCGGUCACCUUGGUGGUCAAAGAAAGUUCGAACCAACAUCUCGUGAACGAGUGUAUGAAAGCACUACAGGUCUUGAAAAUAUCUGUCGAUGUAGUAAAACUGCACGAGACGAAUCAUCAAUCAAACCAACAUACGGUUAUUCUUGACGUUGAUGGUUGCAUUCUGUCAAAUCCCUCGGAGACACAAUUUGAUUUGCUCAAGAAGCUAGUUCUCUCCGAGGAGAAUGUGCUUCUCUGGCUCACUUUGGGGACCAACCAAGGCCGUACGGCCGAAGGCGGGCUGAGUCUAGGAUUCUUGCGGGUUGUCAGAUCCGAGAAUCCUGGGGCUAAGAUCCUAUCAUUGGAUAUCGAUCAGGAAGAGCCUCCUCAUAGCAUCGCACAGGCUAUGCUGACAGUCCUGGGAGCUGCAGCACCUCGGAGCUCUGGCCACGAGACAGAGUUCUGGCUUCAUGAAGGAAUUCUACAUACCAAUCGGUUGAUGCCCUGGGCAUGCCCCAGUACAUCUCCGAAAGAUAAUGAGACGGUGAAACUACCACCGAACAUACCGCUACAGAGCGAGUUUGUGAAUAGCGAAUUGGUCUUCAGGGAAAAUGAGGAAUACAUGAUUGACGCCGAGGGGGACGAAAUAUGUCUCCAAGUGGAGAUGACAGAAUACCAGAGUUGGAGUCCUAACCAACGCACGAAGCAACCGGUCAUCGUUGUCGGCCACGCAAUCCCCAACCAUUGUGAAGAUACAGUUGGCCAGAUGGUCACGCUCGCCGCACAGAAUGGCUAUCAAGCCAUUGUAAAGGCAAAGAAAGGUGCUUGUUUCGAAUGUGAGGGUCUCGACCCAGCGUUCCUUUGUGCUACCCUUCCAACCUUGGCAAUCAACUUCAGUAAGGAAUUGAAUGCCCGGAUCACUGUCGUUGUAGAAACACAAGAAGAGAGUGACGAAUUAUAUGAAGCCUCAUCGUCUGGUAUUCCGACUGUUGUUGUUGAGGAAUUGUAUACAUCUCAUAUGUUGCCAGUCCUCGAAGCUACGUCUGGAGAAAUUUCACUGGUGAUAAGCAAUCGGUUCUCGGCAGCUGGCCAAGAGGCAUGGAGACACAUAUCAGCGGCCGGUCGGUUUCUCUUAUGCAAUGGGGAGAUAGAAGGGACACUGGACCCACGACCUUUCAGCAAGGGUGCUUCUUUUCUGCCUAUGGGCUAUGAAUCCCUCUGUACACGACCAGAGAUGGCGGCUGAAAUCCUACAGGAUGGGCUGGAGUUUUUGAAGAGGAACAAGGACAUCUGGACGUCCCAUGUGCCAGUGUACAGCAUAGAUCAAUUGCCCGCGCAGCCUAUUAACCACCAGUCGAAUCGAUCCUCAGAUUCAAACGAAAAGGUAAAUGCGGCAGUGCAAUUCAGAUACGGUGAAAGUUCUGUGAAGAUACUACCUUCGAACCGGCGGGUUCAAUUCUACUCCGAUGCAGCAUACCUACUCAUUGGAGGGCUCGGCGGCCUUGGAAGCAGUCUGGUCCGCUGGAUGGCCGAGCAAGGAUGUCGACAUUUUGUCUUCGUGUCACGCUCAGGCGCAACGCGGCCAAAGGCAGCCCAGACCGUUGAACUUGCCAAAAAGGCUGGCGCAUCGGUGCAUGUAUUUCGGGCUGAUGCUGGCAAUGAGUCCGAUAUGAGAGCUAUUAUCGCGCGAGUAAUGAAAGAACGACUGAUUCGUGGUGUGGUGCAUGCUGCAAUGGUGCUGCAGGACGGCCUGCUACAGGGCAUGACAGCAGCACAAUACCAAGCUGCCGUUACUCCCAAGAUCCGCAUAGCACAAAUUCUCCAUUCCGUCCUAAUCAACGCCCCGCUAGACUUUUUCGUCAUGACCAGUUCGAUCUCGGGUACAAUAGGCACACCUGGCCAGACGAACUACAGUGCUGGCAACAGCUUCCUUGACGCAUUCGCAGUAUACCGUCAGUCCCUCGGUCUACCCGCCUGCUCCAUAGCGCUACCCAUGCUGCUCGACGUCGGAGUAGUGGCAGAAAACCAAAACGUCGAGGACUCCCUCCAGCGACUAGGCUUUUACGGAAUUGACGAGAUAGAGAUGCUCGAGGGUCUCGAAAUCGCCAUGUCCCCGAACAGUCCCACCCAUCUCGUGCUAGGGCUUGACCCUUCCCUGCUGCACCGUUCCGCUGGCACGAACCGUCUAUUCUGGCACGGUGAUGCUCGUCUCCGCGGCGUGCAGCGAGACUUGGACCUUUUGCAGGACUCCUUGAGAGCUUCGAAACCAGAUGGGGAUGUUCUUGGUGACGGUGAAGAGCUUGAUCAUGAGACGUUGAUGGCCCGCGUUGGUGACCGGAUUGUGAAAAAAUGUGCCAGUAUGCUGGGUAGGGACACUGACGAGAUCAAAUUUAGUAAAGGGACUGUUGCCUCGUAUGGACUGGAUAGUAUGAUUGGGUCGGAGUUGCAGCAGUGGCUUUUCGGAGAGUUUGGGCUGACGUUGAGUUUUCAUGCAUUCACUGCGCCAGAGAUGACGUUUGAGGGGUUGACGAGGCAGGCGGUUGAGUCGCUUGGGGUGGGUGGUGCUGAGUGA